CUGAUUGGCAGUAGGGGUGGGCUGUCUGCCCCCCUUUGGGGGGGCAGGACAGGGCCUCAAGCCUGGGUGCUGUCUGGCACCUGGAAGAUGCCUGUGUCCUGGUUCCUGCUGUCCUUGGCAUUGGGCCGAAGCCCUGUGGUCGUUUCUCUGGAGAGACUUCUGGAACCUCACGACACUGCACGCUGCUCUCUAGGCCUCUCCUGCCACCUCUGGGACGGUGACGUGCUCUGCCUGCCUGGAAGCAUCGAGUCCACCCUAGGCCCUGUGCUAGUGCCCACGCAUCUGCAGACGGAGCUGGUACUGAGGUGCCCACAGGAGACCGACUGUGCCCUCUGUGUCCGUGUAGUUGUGGACUUGGCCGUGCAUGGGCACUGGGAAGAGCCAGAGGAAGAUAGGAAGUCUGAGUCAGAACUCCAGGAGCCUAGAAACGCCUCUCUCCAGGCCCACGUGAUACUCUCCUUCCAGGCCUACCCCACUGCCCGCUGUGCCCUGCUGGAGGUUCAGGUGCCUGCUGUCCUGGUGAAGCCUGGCCAGUCUGUGGGCUCGGCAGUAUUUGACUGUUUCGAGGCUGGUCUUGGGGCUGAGGUGCGAAUCUGGUCCUACACGCAGCCCAGGUACCAGAAAGAACUUAUCCUCACGCGGCAGCUGCCUGACUGCAGGGGUCUCGAAGUCCGGGACAGCAUCCAGAGCUGCUGGGCCCUGCCCUGGCUCAGUGUGUCUGCAGAUGGUGACAAGGUUCUCCUGGUGCUCGACGUCUCUGAGAAGCAGGACUUUGGCCUCUUAUUGUACUGGGAUAAGGUCAAGGGUAGUGGUACCUGGUGGUACAAAAACCUGACUGGACCGCAGACCAUUACUCUAAACCACACAGACCUGGUUCCCUGCCUCUGCAUUCAGGUGUGGUCCCUGGAGCCAGACUCUGUUAGGACCAGAUACUGCCCCUUUGAGGAAGAUCCCCGUGCACACCAGAACUUUUGGCACACAGCCAAGCUGCAGCUACUGUCCCAGGAGACGUGGAAGCUAAAUGCAGCAUGCUCUCUGCCGGCCAAGGUAGCACUGUGCUGGCAGGUGGCAGACCGGGGUCCUUGCCAGCCACUCGUGCCACCCAUGCUCCCAGAGAAUGUCACUGUAAAUAAGUCACAUGAGUUCCCGUCGGUGAGAGACCACCCCAACCUCUGUGUCCAGGUGAGCAGCUGGGAGAAGGUUCAGCUCCAAGAGUGCUUGUGGGCUGACUCCUUGGGGCCCUUCAGGGAUGAUAUGCUGUUAGUAGAGAUGAGAACCAGCCUAAACAACACAUCAGUCUGUGCCCUGGAACCUAGUGGCUGUACACCACUGCCCAGCAUCAUCUCCACGAGAGCAGCUCGCCUUGGAGAGCAGUUGCUGGAAGACUUCCGGUCAGGCCAGUGUAUGCAGCUGUGGACCGAUGACGACCUGGGAGCACUAUGGGCCUGCCCCAUGGACAAGUAUAUCCACAAGCGCUGGGUCUUAGUGUGGCUGACCUGCCUACUCUUGGCUGCGGGACUUUUCUUCCUCCUCCUCUUAAAAAAGAACCGCAUGAAAGGUGCGGGUUCGAUCUCAAUGGGCUCUGCUAUUCCUACAGAGGCCCCUCGGGCUCGCACCGCCUUGCUUCUCCACUCCGCCGACGGAGCGGGCAAUGAGCGCCUGGUGGGCGCGCUGGCAUCAGCGUUGAGCCAGAUGCCGCUGCGCGUGGUCGUGGACCUGUGGAGCCGCCGCGAGCUGAGCGCGCACGGGGCCCUGGCCUGGUUCCACGGGCAGCGGCGCCGGACCCUGCAGGAAGAUGGAGUCGUGAUCCUGCUUUUCUCGCCCGCGACCGUGGCGCAGUGCCAGCAGUGGCUCCAGCACCAGACGGUGGAGCCCGAGCCGCAUGACGCCCGAGACGCCUGGCUCAGCUGCGUGCUGCCCGAUUUCCUGCAAGGCCGGGCAGCAGGCCGCUACGUCGGGGUCUACUUCGACGGACUGCUGCACCCCGACGCCGUGCCCACCCUGUUCCGUGCCGUGCCGCUCUUCUCCCUGCCCUCGCAGAUGCCGGGCUUCUUGGACGCGCUGCAGAGAGGUUGUACCCGGUGCCCCGGGCGGCCCGCGGACAAGGCGGAGAGAGUGAGCCAGGCCCUGCGAUCUGUCCUGGACAGCUGCACUUCGCGCUCGGGAGCCCCGGGCUGCGACGAGGAAUGGGACCAGGGACCCUGCCCUGUACUUGAAUAAAGGCCGAUGCAGUAUUCGUAACCGAGUUGCCUUAGUACGUCUGUCCUGUGGAACCGCUAGCAGAGCCUCUAACCUCGCGGCCCUUUAAAGCAGGGACAGGUGCAGCCUGGAGUCGCUUCUGGUUGGUUGGAGUGGAGUGACGCAAUGGCACAUGGCCACCUCUGAUUGGCUGGGAGGAGGCCCUGCCCUCUGGACUGCGGCGUUGGAGGCCUUUACGGAGGAAGUGGCCUUGAGAAGACUCGGCCCACAACGCCCGGGGCGGGGGCGGG